AUGCUUGGAGUCGGCGGAGAUACUCCUUCCAGGUAUGAGUUGUUGACUAUGGUGAAGAAGCAUUCGGCCUUCUUAGGGCGGGAAGAGAACCAAGAUCCUUCUGAUGCUCAAAUGGACAUUCGGUUUUGGCGUGAUGUGUUUGAUAUGUACUUUGUCCGUGGCAAAGGGACGAGUGGAAGGGAGGAGGAUGAUCUCAUUUUCUUUGUUAAGAAGAAGAUGGCACAGGAAAGAGGUGCCGGUGAUGACGAGGAUGAUGACUCGCCAUACUUUGUGCGCAGGUGGGCACCUAAGUUGGAUCAUCUAAUAACUGAGAGUUCAGUAGACGUGGACUGGGGGCGCUCAUUUUACCUGAACAUGAUAGCACACACAUCAUACACAGUAACUGUAGCAAUUUGCAGUCACCAUGUCCUUCAGAAUCAUCAAGCUGGCCAGAAUAUGCCUUUGUCUCCCGUAUAUAAGGUUGUGAAGACUGUUUAUGCAUCGCCAAGUCGUGUAAAUUUUCUUCUGGACUCUAAAAAGGAAGUGGAGACGACACCUGCCUAUCCAGAAAUAUGUUUUGCAGUUGAUGAUUUCGACUCCACUUUUGAUGCCGUGGUCUUGACGGAAAGAGACCAUUGCUAUUGUGUGCUUCUAAAUGCACAUGAUGGGGCAGCAUUUCCUAAUGAAAAGGAGUCCCAUGAUAGUGGGUCUAGUAACACCUCCGGUUCUGCAAAGAUGAAAGCAUCUAAGCUCACUCUUUUCUCUGGAUUUGUAAGCUACCAAAUGGUUCGACAAGCUUAUGAGGCUGGUAAGUCUGGGUUUGGGAGCCUUCUUUCACUUGGACAGUCACCCCGUAAACCAGACAGGCUUUUCAUGAAAGGCCCAGGAGGUCGAGGGGAAGUGGAAGUCGCAGUUUCUGGUGUUGCAGAUCAAAGCCAGGUAGGGGAUAUCGGUCCUUUCUCACCUCUCGCAUCAAAGAAAGGAUUUGGGAUUGGGUCAAUUAUGAAAAGAGCAGCAUCUGUUGCAUCUGAAGCUGCAAAGAAUGCUUAUGCUGCUGCUUCAUCCUCAGCUGGUUCUGACGACGAAAUGUUACCCCUCAAGUGCUGCUUGAUGUCCAUCUCAUUACCUUGGGAAGACAUUGCUUGUGAUCUCUUAUUCAAGGGAAGUCCUCCGGUAAACAUGUGA